AUGGGACCCGUCCCAGCGAAAGCGAAGGAGAUUCCUGAGGUAUGCACGAAGGAGGUGAUGGAGUGGGAUAAAGAAGUGGUGCGUGUGGGAGAUAUUUUGCUGGGCUUGUUGAGUGAAGGGUUAGGAUUAGGGGAAGAAAGGCUCACGGAAUUGGGUUUGUUGAGAGGGAGGGUGAUGGUUGGCCACUAUUACCCAUUUUGCCCUCAGCCUAAUCUUACUGUUGGACUCAAUUCCCAUGCAGAUCCAGGGGCACUGACAUUAUUGUUGCAGGAUCAUAUUGGUGGCUUACAAGUUAGGACCCAACAUGGUUGGAUUAAUGUCGAGCCUCUUGGUGGAGCUUUGGUCAUCAACAUUGGAGAUUUACUUCAGAUAAUUUCAAACGAGGAGUAUAAGAGUGCUGAUCAUCGUGUAUUAGCCAAUCCUUCCAACGAGCCACAAGUCUCGAUUGCUGUUUUCCUCAACCCGGGUACUAGGGAGAAGCUCUUUGGUCCUUUACCAUAGCUAACGUCAGCAGAGAAGCCAUCUCUUUAUAGAGAUUUCACGCUCAACGAAUUCAUGACAAGGUUUUUGAAAAAAGAGC